AUGGAGCCUGUUUUUGGUCUCAGGCUCCUUUCCACGCCGUUCAUAAACGGGGCUGAUGUACACAGAACCCCUGCGUCAUCUGAUCGACCGGCGUCGGUGGAGAAGGGCGGGAGCAUCACUACCUCAUGCUGCCUCAUCGCGCUCGAAGGCGCCGUGUCUCGGAUGCAGUCGGUCCUUCGAGAGCUGGGCCGUGUGAUCCGGGACAGGAAGACUCUGCGUGUGAUGCUGAUCUGCUGACGCUGGGCUCUGUUUCAGUACCCGCUGAAGGAGGUGGUGGUGAUCCAUCAGGACCCAGAGGCGCUCAGAGACAUCCAGUCCCUGCAGAAAAAAGUAAAAGUGGAACUGAAUGUCCGCCAGCUCACUCUGUCCACUGACAAGGACAAAUAUGGCAUUCGUCUGCGAGCUGAACCCGAUCACAUGGUGCUGGGCAAACGGCUGAAAGGGGCAUUUAAAUCCGUGACUGCUUCCAUCAAAGAGCUGAAGAGUGAAGAGCUGGAGAUCUUCCAGAGGACAGGGUCCAUCGUGGUGGACGGUCACGAGCUGCUGGAGGACGACCUGCGUCUGAUGUACAGCUUCGAUCAGAGCUCAGGAACGCCGGCUCAGUACGAGGCUCACUCGGACGCUCAGGUGCUGGUUCUUCUGGACGUCACGCCCGAUCAGGCCAUGCAGGACGAGGGUGUGGCCCGAGAGGUCAUCAACCGCAUCCAGAAGCUGCGCAAGAAGGGUCACCUGGUCCCGUCGGAUGAGAUCACGGUGUAUUACAGCAGUCAGCCGGCGGGAGAAUACCUGGAUAAAGUGAUCCGAGCACACACUGACUUCAUACUGGCCACCACUAAAGCUCCUCUCAAGCCCUAUCCUGUGGCCCAGAGCUCCAGCGUGAUCGUCCAGGAGAAAACACAGCUCAAGGGCUCAGACCUGGACUUGACCAUCGUUAGAGGUCCGGCGUCUCAGGCGCCUCUGACCUCCGCCGCCUGCGCCUUCGUCAACCUCAGGGUCACUCUCAGGACAAACAGCAAGGUCAGGGUGAUCCUGCUGGAGAACCCCAGGGGUGACGACACGCUGGGCGUGGAGCGGCUCAAGAGCGUCUGCUGUAGUGUGUUCGGACUCAACGGUGCACCUGUGACCAUAUUCAGCGGGAGGACAGCGCUGACCGCUGGGACUGACCUGAUGUCCCUGAGCGGGAAAACGCUGACGGUGACCUCGGGUUCGAGUCCCGCAGACGUGAGCGGCUCCGACCCUCCUCUGUGUCCGUAUGUGAACCUGCAGCUCGUGAACACCGGAGAAGUGGCCACGCUGCUCUUGAUGAACCCAGUGGGGAAGAACGCCUUGCUCUUCCCCGAUCUGCUGCGAGAAGCGGCUAAAGUCUUCGGCCUGAGAGGAAGGAAGCUGCGGCUGUACCUGAACGAGGAGCUGACAGACGAGCUGGAGGCGUCUUCUCUGCACUCUCUGAACACCAAGACCCUCUACGUGAAGGUUCUUCCUACAACAGCAGAAGCUUAACCAGACCAGACCUGCGUCUGAUGAAGAUCUGAUCCGGAUCAUGUUUGGUGUUUGUAAUGGAAACAGGGAAGGUCAAAUAACUCAGAUUUCAUGUAUGUUGGUUGAUCAAGUAAAGUUUAUAACUGGAUCUGUACUCUGUGGGUUUCUGUUGGGAAGCUUUGAAUAAAACUUGAGAUGCAGGUAAAA